CUGCAGCAGUCGACGGAACGACAGCGGAAACAAAUUGUUGCCUGUUAUGGUUGUUAUAUUUCUGAAAUACAGCCGUAAAUCCUACAGAGUUUUGGUCCAAAGUUACAUUUUGGAAAUACACUGUAGAUCACGUAUCAUAGGAAGUGGUGGAUCCCGAAGUGAUAACUCCGCAAUCAUCUACAGUCCGUCCGGGAGUCAGGCUCAGCUGAAUUGUGCGGCCCUACCACCGGGAAGAGCUAACGUUAGUACCCCGAAGUUUCGGUACAAUUCCUAGAUCAGCAGAAUGGGUGGAAAUAUGGAUACCCCAGUUCUCUCAAAGGCCACAUUCUAUAGCGAUCUGAAUGGAACAUCAAAAGGUGAAAUAUCUCUCAUACUCUCAAUCAACCCAGCUUCUGCCCUGCUCAGGGCUUCAAUACAACUCAUCUUGUGUUCACUAGGCAUCACUGAAAGUCUGAUACUGAAGAUUCUCUUGGACUUCGCAGUGUUAACUCUACCCUUGCUACUUGCAGUCAGUCUCCUCAGCGAUGGCGCCCUUUACAUUCUUCUCACCGAAGUCAUCAUCUCCUUUUCUUUGGUCUUCAUGGCAAUGCAUUAUCAAAGCCCAAAGCGUAAAUCGCUGUCUCUGAGCCAGCUGGGACAGACACCAAUGGAAGGAAGGCUCCCUUUCAUCACAAACUUCAGAGUUUUGAAUAAUAUUGGGGUUGCUGUGGGCAUCUUGGCCGUGGACUUUGUCAUGUUUCCUAGAAGGUUUGCCAAGACAGAGACAUAUGGCACUGGUAUCAUGGAUGGAGGGGUUGGUGCAUAUGUAUUGAUGAAUGCUAUUGUGUCACCUGAAGCAAGAGGACAGUAUAGGAGGUCUGGAUCAACUUCUGUGAUGAAAUCUCUGACAUCAUCUAUACCACUCCUUGUCCUUGGCUUUGGUAGGUUGGUAUCUGUUAAAGGGGUAGACUACCAUGAACAUAUCUCUGAGUAUGGCCUCUACUGGAAUUUCUUCUUCACCCUAGCAGCUACAAAGAUUUUAUGCACCCUAAUACUCCUCUUUGCCCCAGUGCAUUGGAGUGCAGUCAUCUCUGUUUCUUUAGCUGUUGGAUAUCAGUACCUGCUGACCCAUCAAGGCCUAGAGGACCUGGUCCUACACAGUACAGACCUGAAUGACUCCAGGAAUGGGUUCUUCAAUGCUAACAGAGAAGGUCUUGUUUCUUGUCUGGGGUAUGUAGCAAUCUACUUUGCUGGUGUCCGGCUUGGUCAGUACCUGUUAAAGCCCAGGAAAGCUGUCAGCGAGUGGCUGAAAGUGUUGGUUUACCUCUUGAUAGCUGAUGUAGUCUUGUGGAUUACCCUGGCUCAAGUAGAAGCACACAUAGGACUAACCAGUCGAAGGCUUGCUAACCUCCCUUACGUCAUCUGGAAUGUUGCAUACUGUAUACAUGUGCUGUGCAGUUUUCUCCUCAUUGACAUCGCCAUGGUCAUCAUUAAACAUCACUAUUUAACAAAAGUGUUUACAGAAAAACCAGAGCAGCUUUCUCUACUGGUGUCAGCCAUCGGUCAAAAUCAACUCCUGUAUUUCUUACUCGCCAAUGUCCUGACUGGUCUUGUAAAUCUAUCGAUAGACACGAUACAUCAGCCCGAUGUAACAUCUUUUGGUAUCGUCGCUUUGUAUUUAUUUGUACUUAACUGUGUUCUAGUGUUUUUCCAUCUAAAGAAUAUCAGCACUAAAUUCUGGUAGAUGUUCAGUGAUUAUAAAGAGGUGUAUAUUCAUUUUGUCUCCAAGCAGUUGGUCUAUCACUCAGAAAGUCUAAUACUGCAUGGGCUAAAUCUAUUUGACCCAAUUUCCAUUUGGUCUACACUGUCUACACUUUACUUGGUUUAAUAGCCACUUAGUCUAAUUUUCAUUUAGUCUAAUGACCAAAUGGUCGAAUUUUCACUUCAAUAUAUGCUAAUAUGCUAAUAAUUGUAUAUAUAUUUUUUUCAAAUAAAAAUUUGAUGAAAAUGAGUUAAUUCGACCAUAUAGCCUAACUGGAACUUAGGCUAAAUGCUAAUUAGACCAAAUGGAUCGUGGAUGAACUGGUAGUAGGAGAACUAGGAUUACAUCAUGUGAGAUGAGACCAGAUGGAAAGUAGACCAAGUGGGUGGUGACCAAGUGGCAAUUCCACAGAAAUAGAUGAGGAGGGCAUUUUAUAAUAGCAUUUUCACUUGGUCUUAAGAGCAAUGCACACCUUACGACUGGUCAACGGUCCAAUUUUU